GGGAUGGCGGACGGGUGCGGUGAACCUUGGGAACCACCAGACACCUCUCCUGGCUCUAUUGGGAAUUACGAACAGGCCUGCGACGUACGUUUUACCUUCAAAACAGAAGGACAUGGGAACCAGCGUAGGAGACGCGAUUCCUUCUCGGCGUCGGAGUUGAGUGGCGCCGAGAGAAACGACAGCCCAGCUGGCGCCCCAGACGGUAACACCCAAGUCAAUGUGAUCUACGGAAUAUGCCCUACCGACCAUACCAGCGAUUCCACCGACACCGACUGUACAGCAAAAAGCGCCCCCAAGCGUCCGAGGAUCCGACUGCAGUUUCGCAGGACCAUCGCCGCAAUCGGGCUGUGCGCUUUGGUCGGCGCUCUUACGGUCGCUGUAUUCUCCCAGUUUCACCAGGGUGAUGACAACACUGAGUCAAUACUUGCGUCCAUAACCAACCAACUGGAGGCAAAUGGCAAGGCACUACAGGACAUUCUGCUCAACAUCAAGACCUCCAAGCUGUUGGGAGACCAGCCUGAACAGUACAUGCCUGUUCAGAAUGCCUAUCCGACCAAUGACACCAGUGCCUGGUAUAUCCAAGCCACUGUUGACCAUGACCAGCCACCGACUACGACUGCAAGCAUCCCAGACGGCUACAAGACUACCCAAGCCCCAGUCCCCAAUACAGCAGCUCCUUUGCCGUUAGUUGCUGGGUACUCGGCCCGUGAGGGAACCUGUCCUGGAAACACCGUGCUGUCCCUGUAUGCAGACACCAUCACCCUGCAGGCCUGCGCACAACGCUGCACCCGUUACCCGGACUGCGUUGCCUUCUCCUACUCAUCUGACAACCACCGAUGUUACCCGAAGACCAAGACCUGCGACAAACCGCUAAAGGGCAGCAGCUGGAACGUGUUCUAUGACAAAAAGAUCUAUGGCCCACCUCAAGUUGACGGCUACACUGCCCACCGCGGGAUCUGCAGCGGGAACAACAUCCUGUCCCUGAUUGGUACGGUUAGUCUCCAGGACUGCGCCCAGCGGUGUGACGGCCAUCCGUACUGUGUCGCCUUCGUGUUCCACCACACCAAGGCCGGGAUGUGCUUUCCGAAGUCCAGUCCCUGCACCGGCAGCUCAUAUCCAGAGAACUUUUUCUAUGUGAAAAAGACUGGAGUGUGCAAGAUGAGAAGCACCAACAUUAACUACCACUACAGGUGGGACCAGCCUCCAGUGACCACCUCCACAUUCAGGUUUGAGGUGAAAGCCAACGGUAACAUCCACAUUGCUCUGUCUGACACUGGUUUUAACCAGAAUACAUGUAUGUACGAGGUUGUCAUUGGAGGAUGGCAGAACCAGCGGUCUGUCAUUCGGAGACGGAUGCAAGGAGGGAUGAAAGUAUCAGCCACUACCCCUGGCAUAGCAUCUGCAGACGAGUUCCGGAUGUUUGAGAUCCACUGGGCUCCAGACGGGACCAUCAGCGUCAGUAAGGUCCCGGAUGCUCCCUUCAUGACCUGGCGUGACCCCAACCCCAUCCCUAUCCACCAGGUGGGCUACUCUACAGGCUGGAGGUCCACUGGAGUCUGGAGGUUCUGCGCAAUCGAUUCGGCAGAACAAAAACCCAAGGGCUUGUGGCAUUUCAACAAGGAAUUUGAAGCAAAGGACAUGACUGGAAACGGAAAUGACGGCAGUGCAAUCAGAGUCUACAAGGCCCCCGGCCCAAACAAUCAACCAAUGGGGUCUUACCGCUUCAUGGGGAUGCAAACAUCUCGUGUCCAGAUCCCGUACAAGAGUGCCGGAUCCCUGGAUAUCCGCUAUUCCCUCACCAUCCUGGCUCAGGUUCGCACCAGUGUUGCAGGGCUGUUGCUGUAUGACUUCAUGUCCAACAGCUGGGGGCUGUUUGACUAUUGGAACAGCAAGGACACUCCACAAAUACUAGUAGAACCAGCAACAACUGACCCGUCAACGAAGGGGAAUAGGCAGUCAUUCGAAAACAGAAAGAGAGAGUGGCAUCGCAGGUUUGGGCGUGUGAGUGACAAGAUCCGGGAUAUCGAUGGACGCGGCCCGUACCUCUUCCCAAACAAGUGGACAUACGUCGGAAUCACCUACAAUUAUGCCAGUGGAGAGCUGGCAUUAUGGAGGGACAGCAUCAAGGUGGCACGCCGGAUGAUUGGAACCAGACAGCAUCGCGCCCGAUUCCCGCUCGUGGUGGGGUACAACGGAAACCCCGCCCGCCCCUUCUCCGGACAAAUCUCCUGUCUACAGCUGUACGACAGCGCCUUGACUCAGGAACAGAUCGCCGCAGCUCGGAACAAGUGCAAAGUGUAUGAAGAGUCCUGUGGUCCAGACUGGCAUAGCCAUGGCUCCAGAUGCUUCCGAGUGUUCCCUGCUGCAGUGCCAUACUCAGGAGCUAAAGCUAUGUGCGCUCGCCACAACUCAGGAGUAGCUCUACUGAAAGACCUGGCAACGAACGACUUCAUUGUCCAACUGCGAAACAAGGUUGACCACAAGCUGACCACCUGGAUCGGGCUGAAGGAUGAUGAAGAAGAGGGAAAACAUGUCUGGGAGGACGGGGACAUCCUGGGUACAUUCCAGCCCUGGGGAUUCGGGGAGCCCAACAAUGCACCCGGGGAUGCCGACUGUGUCCGCCUCACACCCUCCUCAAACAAGUGGAAGGACUACCCUUGUGACCGGGGCAGCUUCGGCGUGGUCUGUGAAAAAGGUCAGGUGAACUCAUGCCCAAGUGGAUGGACCAAGCUCGCUCCCCACUGCUUAAGGUACGUGGACAGACCCGCCACAUUUGAAGACGCUGGCAAGGUCUGCCACAACAUGGGAGGAACACUGCACACCAUGUCUGAUACCAGGGGGAUGCUACUCGUGCGGAGUCUCGCAAGAAAUGGUACCGCUCGCUGGAUCUGGUCAGGCAAAGAAGAAGGAACGGACAAGGAGAAAUGCAUGUCUUUCCUCAUACCACGAGUUCCAGGCGGGCGUACCGUGCGUACCAAACGCCAGCUGCCGUACAUGUCCAUGCAUCGCACCUGCACAAGGAAGAAUGGCUUCUUCUGCAAAAAGGUGUAGAAAAACAGAGGAUAUGCCAAAUAAAUCUGGAGGGUGAUACUAAAUGUAGAAAUUUUUGCCGUGCAUUUCUUUCAAAUUCAUGACACGUAUGGCUAUACUGCUUCACAACAAAAAUGCUUCAAUCCUGAAUUCAAAACGUACUACUGGUUUUUCAACUCUCUUCCUACAUUUAUUUAGUGCUUAUUUCAUCGUACAUUGUAAUUGGAUAGCCCAUUGAGCUAGUAGAGUCUGCUUUCUAAUGGAACCCAGCAAUUAUUACAUUUACACAGGACAAGACACGAUCAUUACAUUUAGUCAAGCAAAAAAGGUGACAACUGUCAAAUAAUAGAAUCUAAACAUAAUCACUGGAACUAUAUGGAAUGUACAAUUUUCCUCUGUGGACUUAAAAGGCAAAUUCUAUU